CGUGUGUGCGUGCGUAUCCGUGUGCGUGCGUUCAAUCCAAUUCAAUUACCAACCAGAAAACCCAUCGCGAAUCUGCAUACAUUUGUGCCGUCGGCAGGGCAGGACACUGCUGGCACUGCAACUGCAACUGCGACUUCCAGCCUGGCCCUCCGCAUUGUUUUUUUCCGUGCUUUGAAGUGCAAUCGAAAAUGUAACUGGGUCCCGCGAACUGCUUCAGACAUUUCCCCAGCAAACGGAAAGCGGAAACCAGCUUAGCCAGCAAAAUGCAAAGUUCGAAAUCGUUUUUAAUACGCGAUCUGCUGGGAGAUCUGAUCAAUCGGCGACAGACUGCAGAUUCGGACAUUGAGCUCUCCAACGAUGAUUCGGACAUUGACAUUGAGGAUCGCUCCACGCCGGACUCGACGGCGCUUGGCUGCCAGCAGGAGCUGCUGCUGUCCCAUCAUCGUUUCCAUCAUAACGACGACUCCAGCGUGGAGUCGUGCGGCACGGCCACACCGGGCCCUGGCCUGAGUGCCGCCGCUGCGGCGGCGGGCGUGGCCGCCGGCCUGCUGGCGGCAGCGGCCAGUGGUGCCAGCAGCAGCGAUCCGGCUGGAGGUGGUGGCCCGAGCGGCGGCGGUGGCAGCUAUGCGGAGCACAAGCUGCAGAUGAGCAAGAGCGGACGCAAGCCGAGGCGACGACGCACGGCCUUCACCCACGCCCAGCUGGCGUACUUGGAGCGAAAAUUCCGCUGCCAGAAGUACCUCAGCGUGGCCGAUCGCAGCGACGUGGCCGAGACGCUCAAUCUGUCGGAGACGCAGGUGAAAACCUGGUACCAAAAUCGACGCACCAAGUGGAAGCGACAGAAUCAGCUGCGUCUGGAGCAGCUGCGCCACCAGGCCACGCUCGAGAAGGACUUUGGCGUGCCGGAGGGCGGCGGCGGCGGUGGGGGCCUGGGCUGCUGCCCCACCGGCCUGAGCAGCUCGUUCAGUGCCGCCGCCGCUGCCGCCGCUGCGGCCAGCAAUCCGUGCAAUUUCUUGACCUCCGCUGCGGCGGCGGCCAUCUUUCGGAAUGUCAGCUAUGUGCACGGCUGUCCCAUGUAAUCCCUGAACACUGAUCCACUGAUCCACCUGAUGACCCACAUCUACGCCCAGAUCGCUCCAGUGGCCUGUUGUAUAUAUGAAUAAAUGAUGGGAAAUAAAAUGAUUCUUGUGCAAUAACGAACCCAAGUGUGGAAGCAUACGUACACCCCGAGAUAUAAUCAUGAAUUAGGUUUAGUCAAUUUACUCUUAAAUGUAAUAUAAACCCAAACAAAACAAACCGAAACAAAACAAAAACAAAAACAAAUCCCACAUUUUUUUUG